AUGGAGUUCUUACAUCAAAAUCCAGAAAAUCGGCCGAAUAUCGAUAGUUAUAUAGAGGCCAAGAAUAUUUUACACCAUUUGAGCGUUAUAAAUGAUGCAGCCGAACGUGGUGUCAAAUGGAUGGAAGAUUUUAAUACAAAAUUUACAAAAAAUGAAAAUCAAAAGCAGUAUGUAUUGAAGGUAGUACAAGAGUACCGGAAAAAAUAUCCAAGCCAUACCAAAGAUACUUUAACAAAAGAUGCACAAUGCACAUAA